AUGUUUUAUAUUUAUGGCGUGCUUUUGAGUUCGGGGGCUAGCCUUCAUUUCGGUAAGCUUUACGAUGGUUCCGAUGUAGCCACCACCGCCGCAGUCGGGACGGAACGCUCCCCGAGAGGUCGCAAUAACAUAAUGUCCGUCUACGAAGAAGCCUCGCAGCUCUUUCGGCGUCAGUUCACUUUCAAAGCUUCCUCUGCAUGGCGACCGCCGGACCCGAACCGCAUCUGCUCCGACGCGGAUGCCGACUGGUGCCUACCGGCGCUCCAAAGGAUGAAGACAGACCUGAACGCCACCAAGAGCCUACUCAACGACAUGGAACCCAUAGCCUGGCGUCGCCACACGACGUGGACCAACCGCGCGGCCAACGUCAUGAACCGGGUACGCCAGAGCGCCGCGCCCGAACUGCUGACGCAGGCGUGGUGCAAGUUCUUCCAGCUCCUCCACGACUACGAGCUCGCGGACACCGUCCCGCUGCGGUCGUUCCACCUGUGCGAGGCUCCGGGCGCCUUCAUCCUCGCCCUGCAGCACUACCUGCGCUCCGGGUGCGGGGGAGACGACGACGUCGAGUGCGACCGCGGAGGCGGCGACAACUGGACCUGGUUCGCGAACACCCUGAACCCGUACUACGAAGGGAAUGACUUCAAGUCAACCGUCACCGACGACAGGCUCAUUUUCACGACGCUCGACCGGUGGUAUUUCGGCCAGGACCAGACGGGAGACGUGAUGUCGCCCGAGUUCAGGGUCGACCGCUUCCUCGAGACGUCGUCGACCGACGCAGGUGGCGGCUUCCACCUGGUCACCGCGGACGGCAGUGUCGACUGCCAGGACGACCCUGCCGAGCAGGAGGCGACCGUGGCGCCCCUGCACGCGGCCGAGGUCACCGCGGCCCUCAAGCUACUCGCCGAGGGCGGCCAUCUAGUCUUGAAGAUGUUCACCUUCUUCGAGAGGUCGUCCGUAUCGCUUCUCUACUUGCUCAAUUGCGUCUUCCGACAGGUGCACGUCAAGAAGCCCGCGUGCAGCAAGCCGGGCAACUCCGAGGUGUACGUCGUCUGCAAAUCCUUCCGCGGGGAGGCGCUGACGGCCACUCACGUGACCGCCUUGACCAAUCAGGUGGCCGACCGGCGCGCCUUCUGCGUGUGCGGCGCGGAAGACCUCCCGGCAGACUUUGUGAGCCAGGUGGAAGAGUGCGCGCGGUAUUUCAAGGAACUCCAGGAGCGGACCAUCCGAGAGAACAUUCAGUGGUUCCAAAACGACAUGGACCAACCGAGCUGUCUGAGACUGCAGAGUGUGAAGGACACUGUGGCGUCGCUCUACAUCGAGCGCUACGAGUGCAGGCACGUUGGCCAGCCGCCCCUGCCUCUCAUGCAGGGCGCAAGCGCAUUCCUGCUGCGCUUCCGGGGCUGGAACGUGGCCAGCUUCAGCGAGCGCAACGGCCGCAGCGACUGGUGGAAGAAACACGCUGAAGAACUGCGGAAGAUGCUGGAAACCGUCCCGCUUGCAAACAUCUCCCAUAAGCCAACCUUCCACAGAGCACCGUCAGACAGAGUUGCUCCGCGCGCGUCUUGGAUCCGCACCGGUCGAAAAUACGGGAAGGUUCCGGGUCUGUCGAAGUUCUGCUCGUCCGCAUUGCUCGACAUGGCUCUCAUGCUCGGCCUCUCAGACGCCAUUGACUCCACCAACGACCUGGUUGAGAUGGUGGACACCUCGAACGUCUCCCUCGUGGAAUGCGGUCGGGACAAUGUGAGGUCGGCCACGGACAUUGCAAACGCGGUGUCCCAGCUGGAGUUUGGGACGCAGCUGGCGGUCAGGUUCCGCGAGACGCUGAGCCGGUUCUCGGCUGGCAUGCUCUAUCUCCUUGCUGGUCUCUUCAAGACCGUGACAGUGACCUUUUCGGACGUCCCCGGAACGUGGCCCCUGUGGACGUUCUCGGAUGUUGACGUUGAUUGCGCGGAUGCACUGCUCGAGUACUUUGCAACGAUCACAGCUGUGGAAGUCGGCGACACUUCGACAGUGCUGGAAGUCGUUCCCUUGCCCAUGCUGUGCGACACGAAAUUCAGCAGGUUUCUCAGGUCCGUCAACGACAGCAUACUGCAUGAGUUCGUGACGGACGUUCUCGAUACUGCUGACGGUUGCCAAACGCCCUGUGACUAGUUGAGUACGUGUAUAUGGAGUUUCGUGUGUGCACCUGUGAACUGAAUGCAACAGAACAGAUGCUGGUUACAUUUGUGCCAGUAGCAACCAAGUUCUGUGUUCCUUUACUAUUGUUUUUGUCGGAAAAUGUGUAGCAGGCAGUUCAUUUUACCAAUAACAUGUACACAACACGUGGUAUACGUACUAGACAAUGUGCCAAUGUCUCAUAGGCCCGAUAACUAUAGGCCCGGUGUUUUAAUUGCAGGUUAUCACUUGGAAUGUAUGAUGAACAAGUCAUUGCUGUGUGUGUGUGUGUGUUUAUGUCCCAAUUACGUAUGUGUCUGUAAUAAAACAGUGUACAGAAUCGUCCUCGGACGUCUCGGAGUACUUCACUGCAAAGACUGUAAAACUAAUUUUAUUCGUAGCAGGUACACAGCACUUCUUGCAUCUUCAUGAGCAGUUGUCACACAUGGCGAUCAUUCCCCAAAAGAGUUACUGAACUCAGUGACAACCUGUGAAUUCCGUACCAG